AUGUGUAUGAGGAUCAGAUAUGGUUCUGAGUCAAAUGAGGCCACAGAAAUUUUGACCCAAGAUAAUGUCAGCAAGGAACAAAUGGGGAAGCAGCGGCAACAUUAUCUGCAUAACAGACACCACCCUGCUUACACUGCACAGGCGGUUGAUCAAAUAGGAAGUGUACUAUUAGACUGUGCAUCCUACGUGCACGUUAUACUUCCCUCAAACAAUGCCCAACCUUCUAGGUACCAAUGGAUACAAGCUCCUGAUGUUAUAAUCCGACUGUUGGUGGAGAAAUUUGUAGCAGAUGGGUACUCCAACCCCAAAAUUGUUACCAAACUCAAGGACCACUAUGACACAGAUCACCACUCUUUUUCAAAGAGCUCUCGUGGCCAGGCACACACAGUCAAUAGCAUUGGACCAACCAUUGAACGGGUUCAGGCACAGUUUCCUCAACAGGGAUCACAUGAUAUGAAGGAGAUGUUGCAACAAGAAGAAAAGGUUAUGGUGCCCCGACAGGUCAUACUGGACUACAUGAAUCUACACCAUCCAGACGAAGUACAAGGACGGCUCAAACGACGACUCAAACAUAGCUAUUUCUGGACAGCAGGAGUCAACAAGUUGUGGUGUUUUGACCAGCAUGAUAAGUGGUGCCGCUUCCAGCUCUUUUUUCAUGUUGAGCUGGAGCCUUUUUCUGGCUGUGUCCUCUGGCUGAAGGUUUGGUGGACAAAUCACAAUCCUUGUUUGAUAUGUGGGUGGUACUGUGACGUUGUGGAGAGAUUGGGUGGGAUGCCUCUAAUCACACAAAGCAACCCCGGCACUGAAAAUAAUGGCAUUGCAAAUGGCCAUACAUUACUUCGCCAUAUGCAAGACUCAGCCCUAGACAAGUCGCUUCAGCAUAUGUUCAAAGGAUCCCACUGUAACAUCAAGCCCGAGAUCUUCUGGGGUCAAUUCCGAAGACGGUGGGCACCGGGGUUUGAGGCGCUCAUUGAAUGGGGAGUCAAUGAGGGGCUCUAUGAUGCAGAUGAUGCACUCGAACGGCUAGUAUUUCAUUAUGUUUUUAUCCCUUGGAUCCAGCAGGAGCUUGAUUGCUUCAUUGAGAGAUUCAACAACACAAAGUCCCAACACAACUCACACAAGCUCUUACCUCACGGACACCCUAUAGAUAUUUUCAACAAGCCGGAACAAUUUGAGUCGCGCGACUUUGCUGUUAAGCUCCAUCCACCAUAUCUCAUUGAAGUGCGAAACAAGUAUGCACCCCCUGAUCAUGCUGUCUUCAACUUAGUCCCUCCAGCCUUUGCAUUACAAGCUUGCACAUUCUCAGAUGCCGCAAACUACCCACCAGUCAGUUGGGACAAUGUAUGGGACAUUUACAUCCACCUGCUCAAGCAGUUUCAAAGCCAGCCAAACAACAUCGAAUUCCAGGCUAUGCUGGCCAAGUCUGCUAUUUCCGACAACGCAAAAGACUUCAUGCCGGUUGUACCUCUUCCACCACACCGGCAAGGGAGACCCGCUGUGGGAGGCGCACCACAUAAUGCCGCAUGCUACUCAUCAGACGAAGCAGAGACUGACUUUGAAUAUGAAUGGACGGAUGAUCCGGAUGGAACCUGGGAUUGA